AUGGGCAAGCCAGAUCUCGCGCCGUGGCUGUAUACAAGACGGCAAAGGCAUAUCAGGGUAGCCAAGGGGUUUUCCUGUUUUCCCUUUGGCGGAUGUGAACAUUUGAGGGAAGAGCGAAAGCUCUUAGCACAAAGGUCGCGAUUGGUAUUAGCGAAUGCAUCCACUACAUGA